UUUUUGGGUGAACUAACCCUUAAGUUAAUCUUUGAAUUACUGUAAUAUGAUGGUGCUCAAAUGAAAACACAAGGGGCAAUAGUAGAGAUUGUUUUCAAUCAAAAAAAAAACAAACAAACAAAAAAAAAAAACUACAACAUACAAAGAUUACAUCGUGUUCAAAAGGUCAUCAAAGCUCUCGAGUGAAUCAGGCAGCCAAUUAUCUCUGCAGCAUGACAGAAUAAGGAUGAGCACUGGAUUUACAGCUGUAUAUUUAAAAGUAGCUCACAAGCAUUCAGACAGUCACUGUCAUUGUUUGCUUUGACUCUAAAGCUUUAUGUUUAUUUAUACAGGUUUGUGAUUCAAAUCAUUAUGCUCAAAUUUAUAUGCAACUUUUUCUAGCAUUUGAAAAUAACUGUUAAAUGUGUGAACUUACAUUUUUUUCUUAUGCGUUUUCUUAUGGUAAUUUAUAUUUUCAGCUUGUGCAAAACAACAAAUGCAAAGUUACCAUGAGUUCUGUAAAUGUAAGUUUUUCACAGAAUAUCUCGAUUGUUCAUCCUCAAUACUUUUUUAUCAUUGGACUUUCAGGAAUACCACAUAGCACUUAUUACUAUAUAUUUUUAUUUAUGAUUUAUUUUGUUACUAUCUUUGGGAACUCUGUAGUUCUUCUCAUUAUAGCUCUUCACCGGAGCCUGCACAGUCCAAAGUACAUUGGCGUGUUUAACUUGGCCUUGGCUGAUAUUGGUGAAAUUAAUGCACUGAUUCCUAACAUGAUGAGGACUUUUCUGUUUGACUCACAGUACAUCUCAUACAAUGCUUGUUUGGCAAACAUGUUUUUUGUGUUCUUCUUCAGUAGUUUGCAAAGUGUCACUCUUCUUGUUCUGGCAUAUGAUCGCUUCAUUGCAAUUUGUUUGCCAUUAAGAUAUCAUGCAAUUGUGAACAAUACCAGUAUGGUUUUAGUUUUUCCAGCAAUAUGGGCAUUUAAUUCUUCUGUGGUGGCCUUGAUGGUGUCUUUGAUCACCCGACUUUCAAUUUGCGAAUCCAAUGUAAUACAGAGUUAUUUUUGUGAUCAUGGACCAGUGUUUAGGUUGGCAUGUAAUGACUAUAACCUUAAUAAGUCUGUGGGAUUUGUCAUCACAUCUUUAUACCUUAUAGCACCUUUGGUCAUUAUAUUCCUGUCAUAUUUGGGCAUUUUUCUUGCUUUAAGCAGAAUUACAACUUGGGAAAGACGUUUAAAAGCGCUUAAGACCUGUGUUUCACACCUGUUGUUAGUAGGGAUUUAUUUCUUCCCAAUAUGCUUCACAUACCUAGCACAACUCUUGCUUGCUCUCACUCCCAAUGGCAGAGUCAUUAGCACAUCUCUGGCAUAUGUUGUUCCACCUACACUAAAUCCCAUCAUUUAUGUUUUAAACACAGCUGAAAUCAAAAUCUUAUUGCGAAAAAUGCUUGACAACAGAUCUUCACCAGUUAGAGAUAAUAUUUCAAAAUGACUGCAAUUAUUGUUUUUUUUUUGUUUUUUUAAUUCUUAAUAUUUAUGAUAAUAUAUAAAUAAAAGCAUCAUCAGUACUGGGACUGCAUGUAUGUGUUGGUGAAUAGCAGUUAUAUGGUAUUUAUGUACUUGUUUAUUUAUGAAUCCAGUUGUUUUCAAGUGUAUAUGUACUGAUUGUGGUCUUACUGACAUCGAGGCAAAACUUGAAAAGGAAGAAUAUUUUACAAUGCAAUUUGUUAACAAUUAUUGUUGUGUUUACUUAUUUUAUGUUACUCUGGGGUUUCAGCCACCAAAAUUGUAUUAGCUUUCAUCUUUCACUCUUAGUAGUGGGUAAAUUCAAAUAAAUGUUUUGUUGUUGUUGUUUUGUUGCCAUCUGAAGAAAAAUGUGACAUAUAAACAAUAUUUGACAUAUAAAUAAUAUUUGACUAAAUAAAAUAACAUUUAUAAUAUUUUCAUCUUUGAACUUCUUAUAAAGGUGUCCAUUUGCAUGUGAGGUUUAUUUUUGGUCACCACUAAACUGAUUGUUGAUAUUAAUUGAAAAAAU